GUUGUUGUUUGUGCUUUCUGAAAGGCAAACUGUGUAAGCUUGCAGGGUAUUAGGCUACCUCUGCCACUGACGCCUGUAUAGCUAUCUCUGAUGAUGCAUAGCCUAUCUCAUAACAGCAGAUGAAGAAAAUGCGAAUUAGGUUGUGUUAUAAACAUAAUCAUUCUGAAACAAAACACUCUACAUUGUGACGGAAUUAAUCCAUUGUAGUAGUGGCUGUCACAGAGGACAAUACAUUAGUUCUGCAUGAAAUUAAUUAUCGACUGUUACGCAUCCUAGACAUCCGUUUAUAGGUCAUGGACGUUUUGAUGGCUUCCAUAAAUUCAUGCUUUUACGGAAACUUCGACGUCCUGUUUAUGAUCUCUCAGAAUAUGAAAAUGAUGUUUACAUAAUGUUUUUCACCAAACGCUGGGGUGUUGUGUCGAAUGAAGACGAUGGGGGGUAUUUUUGAAUUGUGCCUUUCUCUCUUCCUCAGUGCUUAUGUAGGCCUAUGUAUGGAUUUUGAACGACCUCGAUAUUAUAAUUGAUUCCUUCGCAUCAGUCCUAUACUGGUGAGCCUAUCUGUCAUUGCCAUGACCCUUCAGCUAUAUCCAUAGCCGUGUCACAGACUCGGAGCUUACACGGAUAAUUCAUGUUUAACCUGACCGCUAUCGACAAUGACUUAUUCUGGGACCUAUUUUUCUCGUCGUCGGUGACAUUGGGAAGGUUUUUGUCAUCCAAAUUACUUCAUAUCUGGCUUUAAAUCAAAUGUACACUGCUUGCUGUCGGACCCAUAAAAUAAUAAAACAAAUAUGUUUUUCCUUCUUUUUUCUCUCUCUCUCAUCGGCAUCUGUCAAUGUGGAUCGAAGAACUCGAAACAAAGCAGUUAAUGAUGUUGAAUCAUUCCUUUAUUUAUUAACAAUGAUUGGGGGUUAUUCUUUCUUUUGCAUCCGAACAAUUGCAGUUUAAAUACAUAAAUGAUUAUUUGACGGCACCCGAAUUGUUCCUUUUCUAUUCGCCGCUGUUCUUUUUUUCCUUUUCCUCGACUGAAGUAGGCUGAACCAGCAGCAUCAGUGACGUAAGAGUCCUUCGUCAUGCAAGCGCAUAGAAGAAUGAAUUACACCAGUCACCAGUGCUGUCACAAUGGAAUCUUUAUAACCACAAGUAAUAAUUUAACAGGCCUUUGCAGCGAUACCAAGUAAAACCUUACAUUUGCACUAAGGAAGCCUGUCGAGUCCUGUAAGAAAAUCAACCUACGAGAUCAAGACAAGAAAAGGGUUGAAGCAAAGAGAGGCCAAGAAAACCGUGCUCACUUUCCUGACCUGGCAACUGUUUGACAAAGCGAAAUAACGAACUAAAUAAGACUACAAAAAUACUUAAUAAGUAGCAAAAACACACAAAGGCAGCUAGCUAUACCUUGAGAACUACAACUAUACACAGAACCUGACUUCCGCGAUCCCUGACCCUUGACUUUUUACCCAUUGACGUGUACCCGACCAACCAGCCUAGCCAUGUUCCAAGCUCUGAGCAGCCUGUUCUUCGGAGAGGUGGAGGAGGUGGCCGCAGAGAUCAAGGGGCCCAACCCCUGUGUGACCGACGCUGACGAGGAAGGAUGGAUGCUGGUCAACCUGCCCGGGGAAGCUGAUUGUGUGAUGCUAGUAGAGGGAGGGAUAGAGGCGCCAUCGAUAGCAAAGGCGCAAGCACAAAACAACCAAUCAAAUCACCCAGACACACCCACCAGAACUGAGUGCCCCGUCCCCUCUCCAACCCCUCCCCCCAAACAUCAGAAUCGCCACAGAACACACAAAGCUUGUUCACGAGCGGCGACAAUGGCGCCAUCAUACCCCCUCUCCACUCUCCCUUCUGCUAGCCCGUUAGCCACGGGAAUCGUUACGCCCAUAUCCCUAAAAAGGCGGGCCAGGCUCUCCACCCCAUCUGUGUCCCCUGGCAGUAGUGGGUCGGAGAGAGGCUGCAUGGACGAGAGCUGGUUCGUUACCCCUCCCCCCUGUUUCACUGCAGAGGGAGCCACGGCCGAGACCAGCCCCAUGGAGGAUCUGCUUAUAGAGCACCCCAGCAUGUCCGUCUACGUCUCCCCUAGCAACCUGUCCAUGAUCUCCAAUGGCAACCUGUCCAUCGUCGGGGAGGAAAGCAUCACCAGCCUGACAGGCAGCAUGAGCAGGGUGGCAGAACCAGCCUCUGCCGUCCAUAAUACCAUGCCCACCAGGGUGACCCGAGGAGCCGCUGCCCAGGCUGGUACCCUGGCCAAGGUGACCCAGGUGGCCAGGGUUCAGAGGGGCAAGGCCCGCAUUGAGAGGCGCCACGUUGGACGCAACCGCAUCCAGCGCCAGAACCGCACUAGGGAGCAGGUUCCCCGCCACGCAGCCCACGCUAGAAACACCUACCUGCACCAGCCCUGCCAGCGUAACAUCUGCCACUGAGCUUCCACAAACACAGGGGGAGCCAUUUACUCUGAGGGCAUUAGUGGUUAUACUCCCCCUUACAUAUAUACAGGUAGAUUUAUAUGGACACACACACAUAUAUACUCAUGUCGACAAAUAUGUAAAUACACAUGCACACAACGUACACGCAUCAUUUACACAUGCACACACAGCACAUAGACACUCUCUCUCUCUUUCACUAAAUCUCUCUCUCACUCACACACACACACACACACACACACACACACACACACACACACACACACACACACACACACACACACACACACACACACACACACACACACACACACACACACACACACACACACAUAAUUGAUUUACGUAGGCUACUGUGCCAUGUUAGGCCCUAAACCCCAACCAAGCCCUCUAAUUACUUAAGUCUAUUGUUGUUAGCUGUCACAUAUAAACAUUUUUGAAAAACUUGCAAAAAAAUAUUACUUAGCAACUAAUAUGUGUGUAAAACUAUAAAAAGUUCAAUCUACUCUCUCCAUUUCAGUUGAAACACUCCUCUCCUCUGUCUCUUCCUAGUGGAAGUCCACCUAUUUACUGUGAUGGAACACAUGGCCCUCUCCCCUUUGCAGCCGUCCUAAUGCUUUUAAUCAGGUUGGGGGACAGACAGGCUAAGGAGGAGAAAUUAAAGAUGCUCACUCUCUUUCUGCGGGAACAAGCUUUUUUAGGGAAUCUUUAUUAGAUAGUACACCCAUGGACACGUAAUCAUUUUAGCCGUUGAGUAUCUACGUAGCUAUACUUGUUAUGAAUGAAGACAGGAAAGGCUGCCCACAGGAAAGGCUGCCCACAUCUCAUCUUGUCCUUUAUUUGCAGUGUUUGAGUUACGAAACAUUUUUUUAUAAAAAAAUCUGUUCGCAAAAAGGAAGGGUAUACCGUGUACAUUACAGUGAGAGAGGAGAAAACCCAGAAUAGGUGUUUUUCCUCUUGUCCCAAUGUGAGGGAUGGAAGCAGGUAGAGGAAGGUGAAAGAGAGGACGACGAAAACAGACUAAAGAGUAAAAAGAAGACAAGAAAUGACGAAUUGGAGAGUUUAGAUAGGAUGACAGAGGAACCAGAGUAGAUAUAGUUGACUGUGUAGUGUAGCUUUCUGGGUAACCAAUAGCUAGUUUUUAGAAUGACUAACUGGCUACUUUUACAUAUUUGGCUUGCCAUCUGUGACUAAGACAAGUUUGCCAAUGCUGAAACAAACAGGCACUCUGUUAUCUCAAGUCAGGCAGCCUUGCAAAGCAGGAAGCUGAUUCCCUAAUUUCCUCAACGUCUUUGUUCAACAACUACAACACGAUCAUGAAAGUAAUUCAGAGCUGUCUGGUCAUAAGAAGUCUAGUAUAGCUAGCUUCAAUGACUGUGCAUAGUUAACUGUGUAUGUCCUGUGCAAAUUACUUUGUUGGGACGUACCAUAAUUAUAUAUGUAGGGAAACUAGCCAAGGGUUGCCUGUAGGUUACAAGGUAUGACAGGCUAAAGUAGGUGCAAGGCGGUAUAGAUGGCAACUCUUUAUUAUAUUUUGGUUUGUUUGUUUGUCUGCUACUGUUAUUAAAGUUAUGGAGAAGGUAGGCCUAACCAAUGCUCUCUGAAUGAUGUCUGUGAUAGGAAAAGCCUGUUCCCUGCAGCCCCAUAAUGAGAGCACACCGUUUCAUCCAAAUAGCUGACAACCUAAAAACUUGGCCUAGUUUGACAGAAUGACUGUGAAAGAUUCACACUUUGAGGAGAAUAGUAUAAAGGAAAAAAAAUUGAGAAAAAAUCUACAUACAUUUGCUCAGCACACACAUUGGGCUCCAACUGAUGUUGUUGUGCUGUGAUGCUUCUGCAUUAAGACACCUCCCCCUAACUAAAUAUUAACCAAGUGACAACCUUACCCAUGAAAAGACAAACAGGGAAAUAGAUAACAUCGACCAAUCCCUUUUCACUUCACGUCAUUCAGUGACAACAGGGUAAUCAUGGUAGGAGACUCGGGGUGAACACACAAACACACACACACACACACGAUGUCCACCGGGCUGAUACUGCUCAGUGUUUCUAGUAAAGACUAGCUCAAGGACAGAGAAUGAGUUAUGAGUGACCCUUUACCUUCUACACCCACUCCCUGGCCUCCUAAUAGCACAUCCAGCCGUAACAGUGUCCCCCACCUUAAGAUCCAGCUUACUGAGAUGUAUUCAACUACAAUAGUAAACUAUGGUGCUGAAGUCUUAAUGACUAUAUACUAACGUUUGUCAAUUAUUUGAGACAUGGAUGUAAGUUUGCACUGUCAUACAUUUUUGUGAGUCAAAGUUUUAGCUGUGUGCUGUGUGAUGUCUUUUGUUCUCCCUUGGGAUGUUUACUCUUUUCUUUUUGUUUUGUAUCGAACCAUCAAAGGUCUGUGAGAGUGUGAGAGGAUGUGUGUUAAAAAAAAAUACUUCAAAAGACAAAUAAUGAUCAAUUAUUUUUCUUGUACAUAUUAGAAUACAGGUUGUAAUGCUCCUUGCCGUUAGGGGUCAAAGCGACUCAGGAUUAGAGUCCUUAAAGUAGCUACCAUCUUGACUGAGGACAAUACGGUCCCUGCCUCUUUCCUGAAUGGGACAGUAAGGAUGCAUCUCAAUAAUCUAAAGUGGCAUCCUAUCCACUUAUCCUUUCCCUAAUCUACACUGAGAUGUGACCAAUUGAGAUGUACCCUAUUGGAGCUUUUGGGUUAGAUGUGUUAACGGUCCAAUUAGACACUGCUCUCUAGGGGGAUAAAAGUGUAAUAACUUGUAACAACACAGGAUCAUUUCAUGCUGGCAUCAUCAUAACACAACACAUAUUUGAAUGUAUAAAGAUGUAUUUGUGGGAGCAGUGGAAUAUUAAUUAUUCUCUAGAUACAGUGAGAGUGAGGUGAGAAAUUGUUCUUAUUGUUUAGGAUGUUCUGAACUAGAAACAUUUAUUUGUCCUUUCAAUCACAAACCACCAUGUUCCACUCAACGUAUCGCCAACUAUCUUGUAAAUGACUAUAUUAUGUUUGAAUGAUCUACUAAUAUGAUAUAAUUAUUAAUAUUAUGUAUAUUUAUUUUUCUGUUGCUGUUUUAAAUGAUGACUGUAUGUAACUCUGUUUGAUCCUAUGAAUGACGCAGUGUGUGGAUUGCAGUAACGACUCACUCACACACACACAUACACACACAGAUACACACACAUCUGGUCUCCAUGCUUCCUUAACCCCUAGAGUUUUCUGAACCUUAUACUACAGUAUCUCUGUGGUCACACUUCUUACUCACAUGAUGAAGACAUUUUACAAAGAGAGAGGGGAGGGGGCCUAUACAUGAGAGACCAUAGGUGUGUGUGUGUGUGUGUGUGUGUGUGGAACUCACCACCUCUAACAAGGCCUUGUUGGUCCUCACUGCGAGACUGUUUUUCUCUUUUUCUUGUUGUUAUUUUCCUUCUUUCCAUCACCCUCUCACCUUGAUGUCCAUGAUAUCUCCAAGUUGUUGUUUUCUGAGUAUGUUGUGUGGGACUAAUGAAAGGUGUGAGUUUAGGGUGGCAACCCGCCAAUCACAGAGAGAGGGCGGGGCCACCAGGUGCACGUGUGUCUAGUGUGACGUGGUGACGUGAGAGUUGUGGGGGAGGGAGGGAGGACAGGGGAUGGAGUAAGCAGAUAGAUUGAAAAAAAAUCUGAAAUGAAAUGUAUCAACAAAAAAAAAUAUGCUUGUAUUUUUUCCCGUUUAGUUCUUAGAACAGUUGUUCAUCUAGUAUGUUAAUGUUUUAAAAGAAAGGGGGUUGAUUGUGUGUGGAUUAUUUUUGUUCUGCUUUGCGCCCUAAAAAUGAUGGCAGCUUAAAGAUACUUUGGGGUCUCCCAUGUACCAUCUCAAUGAGUACACCCCUCCCCUGUCAAAACAACUAUUUAUAGACAUAUAAAAAAGAUUGGUGUAUCUGAUAUCUAUGGUGAUCGUGCCUUUCACUAUUUCUGCAUGGUUUUUGUGAUGUACUGAAUUGUUCCAUCCCUGAGUGGACAGUCAAGUCCAUAGACAGUCAAGUCCAUAGACAGUCAAGACCAUAGACAGUCAAGUCCAUAGACAGUCAAGUCCAUAGACAGUGAAGACCUAUGCAACCACCAACGGAUGGGUUAAUACAACAUCCAUUCAGAAAAACGCAGGUACCACACAACAACAACAACAACAACAAUAAACACUCAGGUUGACAA